AUGGAUCUGCUUCAUCAUGAAUUUCCCGACAAAGUGUUGUCGUUUCCUUCUUCAGGCCACAUAUCAACCGUCGAUGAUCACGGCGGUCGAAACGGUUGUGAUAUGUCGGAUGCCGCCUUGAGAUACAUUGACCAGAUUCUCAUGGAAGAGGACACGGACGAUGGGGCCCACAUGCUCGAAGAGUCGUCGCAUUUUCAGGAGACCGAGAGAUCCUUCUACGAGGUGCUCGGAAAAAAAUACCCCCCUUCUCCGCAGCAAGAAUCGUCCCAGCUUUAUGCCGAUCAUCACUAUAGUUCGACGAGCGGAACACCAAUUGAUGUUGUCCGCGAAAGCCGGUUCAAAACUCCCACGGGCCCGUUUGACAGUCUCACGGAUCACAUUGUUCCGUCCGACUCCUCCAUUAGCCCGUCGAGCGGCUUGUAUUGCGUCGUACAGCAUAAAAGAUCUAUUGGCGGGAGUGAAGGGGUUUGGGAUUUUAAAGAAGGGGCCACGCGCGUGUCUAAUUUCGUCCCGAGGCAAGGUAAAAUGUUGCACAUUAUCAGAGUCACGAUUCAAAAUCCUCCGGAAGGUGAAAAUAAAGCGGUAAAACCGAGCGAAGAUCGAGCAAGAACCACCAAGAAUCCCCCAGGCUUUACGGAGUCCGACAUCCCCAUAGAAGAAUUCGACAAGCUCUUGCUCUCCACGCUCGAUGACCGUGUGUCGAAAGACGUGAAAAACCCGAGAAGCUCAGUGAGUAAGGCCCGACUUGUUAAGUCUCACAAGGUUAAAAGAGAGGCGAUCGACUGGUCGACCCUCUUGAGUAAAUGCGCCGAAAUGGUGGCGUCAGACUACCGCCAAGCCGCGACUUCUCUCCUAACUGAAAUCAGACAGCACUCGUCCCCUAACGGCGACUGGGCCGAGAGGCUGGCCCACUACUUUGCCGACGGGCUUGAGGCCCGCCUGGCGGGGACUGGCAGCCAGAUGUACAAAUCACUAGUGAUCUCCCCCCCGGCCUGCCUCAAGACUUACUACACGUCGAUCGCGUCUUUCCCGUGUCUGAAAGUCACGAACCUCGUCUUGAACAAGCUCCUCACGGCCCGGUCGGCGGGCUCGGCCCGUGUCCAUAUCAUCGACUUUGGCAUCAUCCACGGCUUCCAUUGGCCGAUCUUCAUCCGGCGCUUGGCCCUUCGGCCUGGCGGGCCCCCGAGGCUCCGGAUCACCGGCGUCGACUUCCCAAGGUCCGGCCCCGGGCCCACGAAGAUGAUGGAGGAGACGGGCGAGCGGCUGGCCCGCUAUGCUCAGGCCUUCGGCGUCCCGUUCGAGUUCUCCGGCAUUGUCGCCCAGGAGUGGGAGUCGGUCAGCACGGCCGACUUCCGAGUCGAGCCCGGCGAAUUCUUGGCCGUGACGUGUUCGCAUCGCGGGAAGAACCUUCAGGACGAGUCGAAAACGGCAGUUCUCAAGCUGAUACGGGGAAUCGGGCCCGACGUGUUUGUGCACGACGUGGUGGACGGAGCGUACAGCGCCGGGAGUCUCUUGUUUCCCACGCGCUUUCGGGAGGCUUUCUUUCAAUUCUCGGCACUAUUCGACAUGGUGGAGAGCACGAGCAUGCUCGAUGGGAAACCUGGGAGAAUGCUGUUCGAGGGGAUAUUUCGAAAGGAUAUAAUGAAUGUGGUGGCGUGCGAAGGGCCAGAUAGGGUUGAGCGGCCCGAAAAUCGAAGGCAGUGGCACGUGCGACACGUUCAGGCGGGUUUGAGACAGGUCUCGUUCGGGAGGGAGCUGACGGUCUGGGUCACGAGGAAGGUGAAGGGUUCGUACCACCGGGAUUUCGUGGUGGAGGAGGAGAACAAGUGGUUGUUGAUGAGUUGGAAAGGGAGGGUGCUAUCUUCCUUGUCCUGUUGGGAGCCUGCUGAGGUGAGCCAUCACCCUCCAAUGAGCGCAGCUCAUGCGGAAAACGAGCAUUUUGUGUAUGAUAUUACGUCAAAGUACAGGACAAGGCUAAGUACCCUUAAAAACUCAAGUGUGGUUUUGGAUUUGGUCCCUCCUCCUUCGAAAGCACACAAUAUCAUUUUCGGACGACGAACGUGGGUUGAUUCGCCCGGUGAUGUGAUUUUGACUAACCUCACCACGGGAGAUAAGGGAAAAUAUCUUUCAUCGAUUUUUUUCGGUUAUCUGUUUUCGAGACUUGAGGAGAGGCAACGAGCCGAAAAGAGAACAAGGGAGACAAAUUGCGACGAGUUUAAACCCAAGUGGUUCGAUUUAACGAGUGAGUUAGCUUCGACACCUUGGGGCGAUUUGGAAAUUUACAAUUUCAACGGAAAAUACGCGCAACAUUGCGCGUCGGUUGAUCAUAGCUCGGAUGGAGAAUCAGAAAUCGAUAAUUCAUCCCUCGUGUUCAAUCCAUGA